AUGGCAGAAGCACAAGCACAACAACGACCCCGCAACAACAACAAUAAUAACGGCCUACCCGAUGUCAUUGGCUGGUUCUGGUCGUUGCCGCCCGUUACUCGCACUUGGUUUGGAUUGGCUGUGGCGGUCAAUGCUGCCACCUCGUUGGACUUGCUGCCUCACGAAGAUUUGAUCUUUGAUUGGACACGUGUGAUUGAGAAAAUGGAGCUUUGGAGAUGUAUCACUUCCUUUUUGUAUGCGGGCGGACAGAUUCAUGAGCUGCAUGUCCUGUGGGCACUGCAUAUGAUUGCCAUGCAAUCGUCCAUCUACGAAACGAACCCCCACAUCGCCGGCAGUGGAAGCCCUCGAGCCGAUUACGUCUUUUGUCUCUUAUUUUGCUGCAUCGUGAUCAUUAUCACCUAUCUGCUCCAAGCUAUCUACGUUCACGGAUACCUCUAUCCCCUGUUUACAAGAACAUUACUGACCUCCAUUACCUAUCUGUGGAGUCGACGAAAUGCAAACGUCAACGUCAUGUUCCUCUUUAUUCCAGUGCAAGGCCAGUAUCUGCCCUUUUGUCAUAUAGGGCUGGCUUUGGCCUUGCAAAAUCCAAUCUACGAGUUGUUGCAUGGAAUGCUGGUGGGACACUUAUAUUACUAUCUGGUGGAAGUAGUACCUUCUAUUUUAGGAGGCCGACGAGUCUUGAUGUGUCCUGCCAUUUUGAGAGAAAUUGUGCAUGACAUCUAUGGUGCUCAAGAAGAAUUUCGACAGCAACAAAAUCAACAGCAAGCACAACAACGUCCACAACCUCGAAAUACCAUCAACAUCAAUGCCGAAAUGCAAAGACGUUUCCAGGGUGAAGGGGCCAGAGAGGCUCAUAUUGCCGCUAAAAUCAAUAACCUCCAGAGAUUGCAACGUCUGGCCAUGACGGAAGAGGGGAGAGCGCAAUUUGCCGUGGCGGACAACAACGGAUGGCAGCCUCUUCACGAGGCCGUAAGAGGAGGACAUUUGGACGUGGUGAAUCUUCUAAUUAAUCAUCACGCGGAUCAAAAUGCCAAAACCAAUCAUGGCAUUAGUCCUUUGUGGCUGGCAGAGGAUUCACUGGGGCCAGACCAUCCAGUGACCAAGCGAUUGCAAGAGCUGGGGGCAGAAAAACACGGUCCAGAAAGGUAG